CAACUUUGUCCUUCCCCCACCGACUCAACCCCGCAACGCUCCCUCUUACCAAUUUCGAGUUUUCCUUCCUCACGACUGAGUGGACCUCUUCCCUUCUCUCGACCCCUCGUGCACAUAAGAGCCGACAGGCGUAGCUGGAAAGGAUGGCCAACGGACAGCCAGAUUCGUGGGAGGACGAGAUGCGAGACGAUGAUCUCGCGCAACAGACACAGCAGCAGCUGAACUUCCAGAACAAUCAAGCCGCCUACAACACCUUCCAGCCCGGUGCCUCCAGCUUCCAGCCCGGCGCACAAACUUUUAAUCCCGCCACAGCUCAGCAGUAUGGUGGCGGAUAUGGCCAGCAAUACAACGGCUAUUCGCAAUACGGCCAGCAAGGGUAUGGCCAGCAAGGUGGAUACCAGCAAUAUGGGUAUGGACAACAGGGUGGUUACCAACAAUAUGGCCAGCAAGGCUACGCUCAGCAAAAUUACGGGCAAUACCAGCAGCCUCAACAACCUCAGCAGCAGCAGCAACAGCAGAAGCCGCAGGCAUACGUGCCUCCGCAACAACGACAGACUCCCAUGAUUGCAAAGAGAGGAGAGGCGUUAGUCCCCGCCAGCCAGCCUCCGGCCGCCAAACCCGCCGCCGCUCCUGUCAAGACCUUGAACACCGCCGCACCUGCCAAGACCCUCUCCUUGAGUGCAUCAGAUACCGGUGCGGCAGCGCCAAAGGUGGAAAAGGCGGCGGGUGGAGCCAAAGUGCUUUCGCUCGGCGCCACGAGCACCCCGCCUCCCGCAGCGAAGAAGGAAGAGCCAGAAGUGGAUGCUGGCAAGAAAGUCACGGCUGCCAAAGCGAUAGAGAAGACCGGCGAGACCACCACACCCGCAUCGAAAGGCACCACCUCUCCAUCCGCCUCGGGUCGAUCCUCUCCCGCCCCCGAUGCCGCCGCCGCCGCGAAGGCUGAAGCGAGACGUGCGGACGCCGUCAUCGAAGAGCAAGCCGAAAUUGUCGAUAAUGAAGCGCUGCAAGACAUGUACGGCAAAGAGCACGUCAAUGUCAUUUUCUUGGGCCACGUCGAUGCGGGUAAGAGCACGUUGGGCGGCAGCAUUCUUUACGCCACCGGAAUGGUGGAUGAGCGAACGAUGGACAAAUACAAGCGGGAAGCCAAAGAUCUCGGCCGUGAGUCGUGGUACCUCUCCUGGGCGCUUGACCAAACCAAGGAGGAGCGAUCAAAGGGUAUCACCGUCGAGGUGGGUCGAGGUUUCUUCGAGACGGACAAGCGGCGAUACUCCAUCCUUGAUGCACCCGGACACAAGAACUACGUGCCAAACAUGGUGCAGGGUGCGUCGCAGGCCGACGUUGGCAUUCUCGUCAUCUCCGCUCGCAAAGGUGAAUACGAAGCCGGAUUCGACAAGGGCGGACAGACGCGGGAGCACGCAGUCCUCGCGAAGACCCAAGGCGUCAACAAGCUUGUCGUCGUCGUGAACAAAAUGGACGACCCCACAGUCGAAUGGAGCGAGGAUCGUUACAAGGAGUGCACCACCAAACUCACCGCCUUCCUCAAGGGCCUCGGGUACAACCCCAAGACCGACCUGACCUUCAUGCCCAUCGCCGCCCAACAAACAACAGGCAUCAAAGAGCGCGUUCCUAAGAGCGUGGCCAAAUGGGUCGACUCGCCCUCGCUCCUCGAAUUCCUCGACUCGAUGCAAACGCUCGAGCGCAAAAUCAACGCGCCCUUCAUGAUGCCCAUCGCGGCCAAGUACCGCGACCUCGGCACCAUGGUCGAAGGCAAGGUCGAGGCGGGCGUGAUCCGCAAAGAAAACAAGUACCUGAUGAUGCCCAACAAAGCCGAAAUCCAAAUCUCCGCCCUGUUCGGCGAGACGGAGGACGAAAUCCCGCACGCCACCUGUGGCGAGCAGGUGCGCAUCCGCAUCAAGGGCGUCGAGGAGGAGGACAUCUACCCCGGCUUCGUGCUGUGCUCCCCGAAACGCCCCGUGCACUGCGUUUCCGCGUUCGAGGCGCAGAUCCGCCUGCUGGAACUCAAGUCCAUCCUCUCCGCCGGCUUCAACUGCGUGCUGCACGUCCACUCCGCGACCGAGGAGGUCACGUUCGCCGCGCUGCUGCACAAGCUGGAGCCCAAGACGAACCGCAAGAGCAAGAAGCCGCCGGGCUUCGCGAAGCAGGGCAUGAACAUUAUCGCGCGCUUGGAAAUUACUGGUGGCGCGGGCUCGGUGUGCGUGGAGCGGUUUGAGGAUUACCCGCAACUGGGCCGCUUUACGCUGCGCGACCAGGGACAGACGAUUGCCAUUGGGAAAAUCACCAAGUUGAUUACGGAUCCGGUUGGACCUACUGCUGCUUCGGCUUCUGCGACUGCUGCCGCGGCUGCCAGCGCCGCGGCGGCUUAAAGUGGAGAUGCAUUGUGUGCAUCUGGCAGGGCGGGGAUUUUGUAAGGAUGUGUGGAUUCAGCAUAUCGCUGUCUUGUUUUUCGACAGUAGGAGUAGAACAUCAUCACGAUUCCAUG